AUGACUAUCAGGCAAGUCGGAUUCGCGGACGGAGAAGAGCCCCUGGAAGGGCUCAAUUCCGCCCGUUCAACCCUGCGAUUGGAGCAGAUUGCAGGCCUCCGGGCACGCGGCAUCGCAGAUCACAUUGGACUGCCGCAGUUGGUCGUCAGUGGGGACCAGUCUACAGGGAAAAGCUCCUUGCUGGAAGGUAUAACGGGCAUUCCUUUCCCAAGGCAGGACGGCUUAUGCACCCGGUUCCCGACAGAGAUUCUGCUGGAACACACCUCUAAGGGUGACCCCAUCAUCAAUGCGUCCGUUAUACCAUCAGCCGAUCGCACAGAUGAGGAGAAACAAAGAGUUGUCCGCUUCCAUCGCCGCUUGUCCAGCUUCGAAGAUCUGCCGGUGGUUAUCGAGGACGUCAGUCGACUUUUGGGCAUCAGGGGAGCCCAGAGCGAAGAUGGACCAGCAUUUGCUUCUGAUGUGCUUCGCAUCGAGGUCCGUGGCCCUGUCGGCUUGCAUCUGAGCAUCGUUGAUGUACCAGGCUUGAUCUCUGUUUCCAACGAGGAGCAGACCGAGGACGACGUAGAAAUGGUCCACAGGAUCGUGGACGGCUAUAUUUCCGAUCCGCGGACUAUUAUCCUCGCAGUUGUCCAGGCAGGAAAUGAUAUCGCCAACCAACCCAUUAUCAAAAAAUCUCGCACGUUCGAUAAAGAGGGGGAAAGGACGGUGGGCAUCAUCACGAAACCAGAUUUGAUCAACCAAGGUUCAGAGAAGCGUAUUGCGCUGCUGGCAUCAAACAAAGAUACUACGAAACUGAAGCUGGGGUUCUUCUUGGUGAAAAAUCCGGCCCCGAAUGAGCUGACGAAAGGCAUUACACCUGAACAGAGACAAAAAGAUGAGAUCCAGUACUUUCACACUCCUCCAUGGAAAGAGCAAUUCCUCGAUCCCGCACGAUUGGGUAUCGUUGCGUUGCGAACAUAUCUACAACAACUUCUCGACCGACACAUCGAGAAAGAACUACCUAAAGUUCGACACGAUGUGCAAGAGCUGCUUCAGAAGACUGAAGCUGAUCUAGCGACCAUGGGAGAGGAACGUGACAGCGCUUCGAAAAUGCGCAUGUUUUUGACUCGCUUGACCAUGGCAUUUAACCAGCUCGUCACAUCCGCACUAAACGGGACGUACGACGAUGUCGAUAUAGUAUUCUUCAAUCUCUACGAGAAACACAGGCCUCGUCGCUUGCGGGCUACUAUUCAGAACUUGAACACCAAGUUCGCCGACACGAUGAGAGAGCGUGGGGCAAAGCGGCGGGUUGUCACUGACGUGGAGGACGACCUUUCCGAGGCGGAAUCUAAUGAGGACAACGCCGGUCAGAUGCUGGUGUCAGAGAAGGACAUGAAACGAUGGGUCGCCGAGGUUUACCGAAACAGUCGCGGGAAAGAACUCCCAGGGACGUACAGCCACAUCCUCCUCGCGGAGUUAUUUCACGAGCACUCUUCUCGCUGGAUAGAGAUCGCAAAGGACCACGUGCAGACGAUUGAGGGUGUCGUCUAUGGAUUUGUGGACGCCGCGAUCUACCACACUUGCCCUGACAAGAACGUCGCUGACGAAGUCAUGGAAUUGGUCAGGACGAGACUUCAGGAGAACAUGAGCAAUGCGACAGAAGAGCUGCAGAAGCUGUGGCAGGAUGAACAGUAUCAGCCCAUCACGUAUAAUCACUACUUUACCGACAAUAUCCAGAAAUCCCGGGAGCAGAUCACCAAGAAUGCUCUCAAAGAUGCGGUGGUCGAGACCAAAGAACACGACUGGCACGGAAAAAUGCACAUCAGUAAUGUCCAGCUGGAAAUGGACCGGUUCAUCGCGUGUUUACAACAACGGGUCCAGGUCAAUAUGACCGAACAAGCAUGUGAUGAGGCACUGUGGGGACUACGAGCUUACUAUAAGGUGGCCCUCAAGACCUUCGUCGACAACGUUUGUAGGCAAGUAAUAGAGCGUCACAUAACUCGCCCACUUGCAUCGAUCUACUCUGCCGAGACUGUGGCAGGACUCUCCGACGAAGAAUUAGCCAGGAUCGCUGGUGAGACGCCUCAAAGAUCAGCGAAGAGAAAGCAACUGGAAGAUUUGCGACGGAAUUUGGAGUCUAGUCUCGUGGAUCUCCGCCGCACAUCUACGAUUCCCUGAUUAUGGAUUAGGAUUGUUGGUUCUGCUCAGCCAGUUGGGGGAGUGUGAAAGUGCUGGAUCUCGUCCUUUUGUCUCUGUUCAGGUGUCACGCUUUUGUCUCUUCAAGGGCCUGGGGCUU